GGUGGGCGGGGCUGCUGUACGUUGCGGUGCCCGCGGAUUGGCCAGUGCCUCACCUGCGGGGCACGGCUAUUGGCCGUGCGCGUCUCCCCCUCCGCCCACUCCCAUUUGCCGCCCCGCCCCGUGUGUGCCGCCCGAUUGGCUGUGGCGGCCCGGCCCGGUAUCCGGGUAAGAUGGCCGCGGUAGGAGAGUGCUCGGUCUCUGUUCCGUGGAAGUCGGUUUCCCUCACUCACGUCGAGUACCCAGAAGGUGACUUCACCGGAUUUAUUCUCGCCCAAGCAAGCCUGAGCCCAAUUUUCAUCAUAUUCGGAUUCAUCACACUCAUCGUUUUUAAGAGAGAGCUUCACACGAUCUCAUUCUUGGGGGGCCUCUUGCUCAAUGAAGGUGUGAAUUGGCUAAUAAAGAAUAUUAUCCAGGAGCCUCGUCCUUGUGCAGAAAUCCACACAUCGGUUUUUUCCAAGUACGCCAUGCCUUCCAGCCAUUCCCAGUUCAUCUGGUUCUUCUCCAUUUACUCUUUUCUCUUCCUCUAUUUAAGAAUGCAUCAAACGAACAAUGCAAGGUUCCUGGACUUAUUGUGGAGACAUAUCCUCUCCCUCUGCCUCUUAACCGUGGCCUUUCUCGUCUCCUAUAGUAGAGUCUAUCUGAUGUACCACUCCUGGAGCCAAGUUGUAUAUGGAGGGAUUGUGGGGAGCAUCAUGGCGAUAGUUUGGUUUGCAUUCACACAGGAGAUCUUAACACCAUUGUUCCCAAGGAUAGCUGCAUGGCCAUUAUCAGAGUUUUUCUUAAUCAGAGACACCAGUCUCAUCCCAAAUAUAUUAUGGUUCGAGUACACAGUGACCAGAGCAGAAGCCAGGAACCGACAGCGUAAGCUGGGUACAAAGCUCCAGUGAAUAUGGAAGGGAGAUGUUAGGAACUGGACUGCACGAAUUCUGUAAGACAAAAAAUAAAAAUAAAAAUAAAAAAGCAAGGGCCAGCAUUAGAGAGAGAAAGAGACCUGUACAGAGCUGGAAGUGAAGGAAGGAGUCUGUUAAGAGAUGGACCAAAA